AUGUUUCGAGUAGCACAAUUCCUUGAUCGACUGGCGGCUAUAGAGGAAGAGCACGGCGGUGGACGGAAGCCCUUAUCGAUAGACCGUGAGGGUAUUCUCGCCUUUGCCGAAAAGCAUUUCACGAAAAGGGAGAACGGCAAAGGCAGGUGGAAUGGAAGACAAAUCCGGGAUGCAUUCCUCAUCGCCUCUGCUCUUGCUCACUACGAGAGGACCCGUGGUAUUAAAAACGGUGGAAACCAAUGCGAUCUCAACGGUCGGCAUUUCAAGAGUGUGGUUAAAGCUGUUACAGGGUUUGAAAAGUACCUUCUCGAGACUAGGGGCAUGACAGAUCAAGAGGCAGCAUAUCUUAACAGUACCCGGGCUGAUAACUUCUAG